AUGAGCCACUCAAGGCAAAUCUUGGGUAGGUAUAUCUCGCCCUCAGUACAAGAAGAGAUUCUUUCCUCACUCAUUGAAACUGAAGAUUAUGAAGGUAUUAGUUCGGUGCUAAGUUCGGUUGAACUAACAGAAGAUGUCUCCAUUAACACUGGCAAUAGACUAUCUAUCACUCUUGGAGAAGUAAUCGCUAAACAUGUCAAUGAUGACGAUGGUUUGCGAGUUGAAAAAGAUCAACAACUAAUUGCAUUGCUUAAGCUUUGUCCCAAGCUAAAGCAAAGCAAUAAAUUUAUGCAUGAUUUUCUAAGUUCCCAUUUGAGCUCAUUCAUCCUUUCGCAUAUAACAAUGCUAUUUGAUGUUGAAUGUCAACAACUGAUUAGAAUAUCUGGGUUUAUUCAAGUUAACUCGCUCGAUGACGGAUUGAUCUUAGAUGGAACAAAACUGCUAGACAUUCUUGAAGUGUUGGUUCAAGGGUCCGCUUCAGGAUCAUAUAACGACCUCAUCGCCAACAGUGUCAACAUUGGAAAGCUACUCUUUUUACUUUCGUUAUCGAAGGAUGAGAAACUUUCAAAUGCGGCGACUUCUUUGUUCAAAUGGUGGAUCCCAUCGUUCGCUACAGCCUGCAAAGAGGAUGAGAAACUAGAUAUAACCGUAUGGUCUCUUUUACGUAACUUGCUUACCGAAAGCGCACCAAUCACAGUUGCAAAAAAUGGCUAUAUCUUUUGUUUAAGGAUGUUAAUGGAGGAUGGAUUCUCAACAACAAGUCAAAGUUUCGCCCAAUCAAAAGAUUACUGGAAUUUAAUACAAUCCGGACUAAACCAGGAGGUUCAUGAAAUCAAGAAAAUUGUGCUCUCUAUCAUGAAGUUGAGUCUCCAAUUACUUGCUCAAAAUAACUUACCCAUCCUAACCGAUAUUAUCCAAUUCAGUGGAAGUAGGUCUGAGAUUGAAUCAUGGAAAAAGUUUACCACCUUAUAUGAGAUUGUCGGGAUUGAUACCGCUUUGAAUCAGUGUGAGGCGGCUGCGCCAGAUAUCCUUGAUAUUUUUGGAGAUCCAAAUGUUCAUGCUAGUUGGGGUUUAAUCAUUCUAUCCACCGGUUUAAGAGCAACUAUGGAAUCGGUCAGAAAAUUCACGCUUAGACUGAUGCUACAAAUCAAGCACAAAGCUGUAUUCAAUGCCAAUACCCGGUUAUUAUGCGAUGUGUUCUUACCUGCUACAAUGCAAGCUUCUUUCUUCAACGUUGCUGACGAACAUUGUGAAUAUGGAGAAAGUGUUGCAAAUUUUGUUGCGGAGAUACUACUAACGUCAGAUGAUAAAGGGACCAUUCUCGAGCUGCUUUUGAAUGCCUUAUACGACUUCAGGAACAUGUUUGACGCAGGAAGGAUUUACAUUGCUUAUGGAGUUCUCUGUGGUGUAGAAAAAUUGAAAGAAAGAGUUUUUGAAACUAGACACAUUGAAAUAAUCAGGAUGCUGUUCCUGUGCCGGUGUGAAGAGAAUAUCUUACAAACUACUAUUCAAAGCAUUUACUUGAAAUAUAUGCUAUUUUCCAACUUAUCUGCUCCUGAAUUUCUUCAAACAUUAGCCAUGCAUGUCAAGAGUGAUAACGGCUAUGAAUACAUAUCCAGAACAAUAGGCAGUUUCCGUGACUUUUGUAUUGUCAACUAUAAUCAAUCUUUAGAAGGAUAUGAAGUUCCACAAGACGCAUUGUACCAAGUACUUGCCUAUGAAUUAUUUGAUUGUGAGCCUUAUGAAAUCUCGGAUCAAUUUUUGAUUGAGAUCGUCAAAGCAGAUUGUAACUAUUCCGAUUUAUCAGAAGAAUAUUAUGCUUUCUUAACUGAGUUAGUGACAAUGGAAAGUAAUAACUACAAGGAAGCUAAAGUCAUUUUGGACCUACCACAGUUUACGCCAGCUGUCUACGGUGCCAUUAAUCCUCUGCCAAUUUUUAAGAGCUUGUUCUCCGAGUUUUUACCUGAUAAAUUCGACUUUUUUGUAUCAUUGUUUGAUAAGGUUAUGCAAAGUCCUUCUCAGAUCACCAUAUCCUUUGAAAAUUUGCUUAAUUUAUACCGCAUAAUUGGGGAGUACAUAAGAUCAGAAAACAAUCUUCCUUUCAAGCUAAAAGAUGAAAUUUAUGCAAAUUUCUUCAAGUUGCUAAGAAUUUGCAUCAAAUCAUCUCCCCUGACUGAAGAACAGCUGAAUACAUUAUUGGAUCUCUUGCAAGAAAAUGCCGAAAGGGAUAAUGGAAAUUAUUUGGGAAAUCUUGAAAUCAGCUAUCUUUGUCAAUCAAUAUUAGAUGUCUACAUUCUCCCAACACUGCAUGAGCUUACUGAUAUGGAGAAACAUGUUUUGAAUAGUGCAAUGGGUUUACAGUGCAGAAUAUGGGAUUCUUUAAUAGAAGAGAGGUUGGUACUCAAUCAACAACCAUUGCAUUUGGCUCUCAUAAGAGGCAUCUUCCAUUAUACGACAUUCUUAUCUGCCCUCAAUGAUCAGGCUAUUUUCAAGAUCAUGCUUCAUUACGCAACUGCCAUUUUAGAUCAAUCUUUUUCGAGGAGAACAUUGAAACCAGUUCUCAGCCAGCAAAUCUUAGGGUUUAUGGAAGUGUAUGGAAGUUCACUACCAAACCAGCAAUAUUCGGACUUUGCUAGGUUGCUAUCUGAUGUUUUCACUCAUGAAAGUAUGAAUCUCAACAUCUACAAUUUAAAACCUGCAAUUGCCAAGCUAUUUGAUUCCAAGCUUGGUUUAUAUAUUGACGGAGGAUUAUACAAGUUUGUUUAUGGUGCAACAGAAGUGGUUACGAAAUCACGCAUAAUUAAAGCUCUUUUAUAUUCAAGCAAGGAGUUUAGACGUCAAUUUUUGCAGGUGAUGCUCCAAGAAGACCCUAACAUGUUAAAAGCGAAGAAAAAAACUGAUGGACCAGAAGAAAUUCAACGAUUACAAAAAUGGCAACUGUGCCUUCUAUCGAUCAAAUCAGUCGAUAAAGAUGUUCUAACAGGUUUGUGUUCUGAUUAUAUCAUUCCUUCUCUUGUGGAAGAAUCGUCUCCGUUAGUAAGAGUUUAUUCAGAAUGGUUCAUUGCAUAUGACCUAUGGGUUACAGCGACAGAUAAUCAUAAAAAUCCAAAUGAGGACUUUCUGUUCAAACUUUUAGAAGACACCUCUCGUCCUGUUUUACAAGCAAGUGUUGAACGUUUGUUAUUCUUAUCUUUGAAGGCAGCGAAGGAGACAGGUCAUUUUUUCAGGCCAAUGGAAAGAUUUGUCGCACAACUGAUAACUAAUUGCUCCUCAAACAAACCAUUAAUUAGACAUUUCUCUAAUUCCCUCAUUCUUUUGUUUUGGCCAACCUUUGAAGAUGACAUCAAAGAUAAUAUUUUGCGAUCCAUUAUUUCUAAGCUAUACAGCGAUGCUAAGAAGAUCCAAGUACAAGGUCAAUUCAGAGCCGGUGACGCAAACACUUGGAGCAUCAAUAACGACCUUAAGUUAACAAGUAUAUUUGGCGGCGUAUUAUUGAAAAUUAUGGAUCAUAAAGUUCCAUAUAUAAAUAGUAAGAUAUUCAAAGCCAUUAACAUCGAUGACGGUGAAUUUGAAAUAGGAUCGGAAGAGAGUGAACUAUGGUUGACCAAAAGAAGUAGUAAUCUAGUAAAUUCAACUGAGUUAGCAAAAAACUCGCCCCUACAAACGAAGAGUGGUGCUUGGGAAGCUGUCUUGGAUUUCGAUAAUCAAAAAUCCAUUGAGUCUGUUGCACGAUCUGAAUUAAUUGUCGUAGCUUCAUUAGUGGAUAAAGCACCCAAUCUCGGAGGUAUUUGUAGACUCUGUGACGUGUUGGGUGUCGGUACUAUGACAAUUCAUGAUAUUAGAGUCAAACAGCAUCCUCAAUUCAAAAAUGUUGCGGUUACAGCGGACCGCUGGAUGCCUAUUGAAGAAGUUCCUGUCGAUGGUAUAAUAUCUUACAUGAAUGCAAAGAAGUUGGAAGGAUAUACGUUAAUUGGAUUGGAGCAGACUGAUUCUUCCAUUCAACUGAAUUCUGAAUUUAAAUUUCCAUCAAAAUCUGUCAUUUUACUAGGAACAGAAGCUCAUGGUAUUCCAGGGCAUUUGUUAAAGGAGUUGGAUUUAUGCUUAGAAAUCAAACAAUCUGGGGUAAUAAGAUCCAUGAAUAUCCAAACUGCAACAGCUGUUAUCGUUCAUUCGUACUCGAUCCAGCAUUUAUAG